GCUCAUUCGCUGUAGGACAAAAGGUUAUAUAAUGUAUCACAUGACAGCACGGCGCUGCUGGAUUCCUGAUUCUCGGGUCAGGAAACGUGUUUAUAUAGUAACAGGUAAUUUACAGGAACUUGUACAGCGGAGAAUCGACGUGGACAGACGAGGAAACGUCUGUACUUGUUGAUAUGGUGAACUUUGUCUGGUUGAAGCGGCGUUUAUGGAAGGAGUCUCCGGUGUCAGCGCUUUUGUAAAAGUCCGAGGUUGUGCUGUGCGUGUUUCGCUGCGGGACAGUCUUCUUCACGUCUUUAUGCUGGUACCGUUGGUUCUGACUGGAGGUCCACAAUGGCUGAUGAAUGUGACGGGGGUCAGCGCGGAGGACUCCAGCAGUAACUGUGUGGUUUACAGUAAAGGAGGACAUGUGUGGUGCUCGACCACGAGAAGCAUUAUCGAGGGAGAAGAACUCACAGUGUGCGUGGUGGACGUAACCUCAAGACUCUCAUCCAUCCAGCUCCUACCUCAACAAGCCUCCAUGGCGUCCGUUCUCCCUAAUGCUAUCAUCAACAAAGACAUUUUCCCCUGUAAGACGUGUGGGAUCUGGUUCAGGAGUGAAAGGAACCUCCAAGCUCACCUCAUGUACUACUGCAGUGGACGGCCGAGGGAAACUGAGCUGGCUUCAGAGAAACAGACCAACACCAGCCAUCAGAUGUCCCGUACCUGCACUUACCCACAAUGCAAUAUGAGCUUCCUGGGUCCACAGGCUCUAAAAAUGCACUUGUCCACACAUUCUGCUUUCAAGACUGCGGAGACAUCUCCUGGAAGCAGUUUGAAAUGCACGAUUUGUGACUACACGGCUGACACGCUGAUGGUCCUGCAGCCCCACAUCCUCACUCACCUGUCUCAAACAGGAGUCCGGUGCAGUCAGUGCCACUUCACCUUCCAAACGCCUCGGGAGCUAUCAAAACACCAAGAGCUGCACAGACACGGCGGUCUGGAUAGCAAGUCGACUACUAAAGAGAACCAGUCUGAUCACUCAGAGUCCCUCGGUGUUACAAGUCCGACGGAUAAUAAACGCAUCGUAGACAGUCCGGUUCAUCAGAGCGCAGAGAACAGCGAACAAGCGCAAGGCGCUAGCAAGGCUGAAGCUGGGUCUGGAAUCAAAGCUGGUUUAUCACACAGUAAAGUAAAAUCAGAGCCCUCCAGCCCUCGUUUGGCUUCUUCUCCAAUCCAGAAUCAUAUGACCCCAGCAUUUCCUGUGCCACCCUUCCUGCCUCACGUGCCAUUCUCGCAGGAUAUACCCGCAGUCCCACAGGCUUCUGAAAUACUGGCUAAAAUGUCCGAGCUGGUCCAUCGCAGGCUACGUCACGGAGGCACCAAUUUCCCCCCAGUGAUGUACGGCACACUGGUUCCAAAAGGAGCAACGUGCUUCGAGUGCAACAUCACAUUCAGCAACCUUGAUAAUUAUUUAGUGCACAAGAAGCAUUACUGUAACGGUCGCUGGCAGCACAUGAGCAAGUCUCAUGAUUACAGCAUUUUGGACAAAGCCGCAGUGAGCCCUAAAACUGGGGGUGGUUUAGCUAGCAUGCUGAAUGCUGGCCAUCCGUUUGAGGUCAAAGGUCAUAAUGCCACUCAGUUCAGUACUUCUCGAACCGAGCCUUUCAGUACAGGAGGGAAAGCACCGGAGGAAUUUCCAGUUUGCGGCAAAAAAGCGUCGACCCCGUGCGACGCCGCGGAGGAAAGACCGAACAGCAUCCUGUUAGACUCGAAGAGUCCGAAAAUGUCAGAGAGUGAGCUGGACAACAAUCAGACGACGUGUGAGGCGUGCAAGAUCACGUUCGGCCGACAUGAGAACUACAUGGUGCACAAGCAGUACUAUUGCGCCACCCGUCAUGAUCCGCCCGCGAAACGAGCAGCGAACAACAAACACAUUCAGAAGUCGUUUCGGACCCGAAAGAGAAGAAAGAUGUCAAGUCCGGAUCCAGCGGUGUCUCAGUCCUAUCCUAUCAAUAGUUCCUACAUGUCCCAGGAUAUCACAGUAGAGAGUUUCAAGGAUGUGCUUCAUCAGCGGUACGGCAUGAUCCAGGGUUUGGUUCCGAAGCAUCCUGAACCUUCUUUGACAGUCACAAAAUCAGCUCUCGUAUCAAAGUGUAAUGCGAUAGCCGAAGAGGAAGGUGAUGCACCGAUAGAUCUGAGUAAAAAAUGCACGUUGCAGUUUGGUAAAGUUUCAGGACUCAUGGACUAUCACGAAUGCGCGAUGUGUAAAAUUAGCUUCAACAAAGUUGAAGACUACUUGAGCCACAAGCAGAACUUCUGCCCAGGUGCAGUCUUGGAGAACAAUGCUCCAAGCAUAAAGGAAGAAGGUUCUAGAAACGGAAAUGCCCCUGAUAGUUUCAAUACUUCUGCGUCUGCUGAAAAGCAACCGUCCGUAAACGAUGAACACAGCACGAUGGAUUCCGAUAACUAUCCGGGUGGUGUUAAGAAAAUCAGACCAGAUGAGCAGAUCUGGCCGUACUACGAGAUUAAACCCGCUGACUACGCCACAGGGAUUUUCGUUCCACAGAGCGAGAGGAGGCAAAGCCCAAACGAGGGCACCGAAGGCGAAAAAGAGCAACCGAUGCCGGACGGUAGCCAUGUUGGCUCGGAAAAUAUGGGGAACCCAAAAAUAAAGUCUUUCGACUCCGGUGUCCAGGGUGACGACAAGCAAGGAAACGAUUCUUGUAGCACUUCAUCCCCAAACGUCCACUACGCGGCUUGUACCCCAGAUCAAGAGGGUGCCAUAAACCCCAAAGAGAGCGUCUCUUCUUCGCCAGCCUCCAACGUGGAGGAGAUCUCGAGCUUGAAAAGGAGUACGAACGGAUCGAUCUCGGCAGCGGUUAACGGCAAAUACUGCCGUCCCUGCGACAUCCAGUUCAACAACCUGUCGAACUUUAUAACACACAAAAAGUUUUACUGCUCGGCACACACUACUGAGCACGUGAAAUGAGACCUGGAUACUGUGUCUCGGCCGUUUAUAUGAGAGCAAGAGGACAAUCAAAUCAGGAGAUUUUAUCUUCCAGUGGUUUAAUAGUGAAUAUAUUUGUCGUGUGUGGUAUUUUUGGCUGUUUGUGACGUAUUUAUUUAUGUAUUUAUUUAUUUAAAAUGAAGAAAGAAAAAAAACAACCAACAACAACAUCGUAAGCACUGAACUAAACCCGGCUUUACACUGUACAGUAUUUUGGCUGAUUUUGCUGUCGUGCGUUUCCAUUGGUUGUAAGUCUUCGAGCACGUAACAUGACACGGUCUUUGUCAUUGAGACCAAUUCUUUACCUUUCCAGCAUCUUCUGCAUAUUUGAGUCCUUUCCAACAGCGCUUAUAUGAUGUCUUUCCACACCGAGGACGACCGAGGGACUCGACUGAGGGACUCGACACGACUAUUACAAAAGGCUCGAACGUUCACUGAUGCUCGAGAAGGCGACACGAUACGUUAACAGCCAGGGGGGUGUAAACUUUUGAACAGGAUGAUUGGUGUGAAUUGUUAUUUUGUUUAAAGAUCUUUUUCAUUUAGUACCGCCCUUCAGACGCUAAAUAAUAGAGUUACAUGUCUCCCAGAUGACAAAAUAAUAACACUGAUCAUCCUGUUCAAAAGUUUACACCCCCCUGGCUCUUAAUGUGACCUUAUUGUUCAUUUACUGGAUCACCGGGUCCGGAUCACGCUGAACGAUGACGUAGGCAGAACGUAGUAAUGUUCUUGAAUCACAGCUCUGCCAUUAUAGGAUCUUCAUCGUAUAAUCGUACAUGGCGAACACAGCCUGUUAUAGAAUUCUCGUGUGGUGCGACAAGUGGUGUUCUUAAACGAGACGGCCGAUUGUGUGCAGUGUAAAACCGGCUUUCUACGGAUUCUUAAACAGUCAUGUUGACAACAGCGCAAAACUCGCAGCAAGGCUACUGAUUUAGCCUUAGCCUGAUUUAGUUUGUGAAUUUGAUCCAAAAGGCAGAAAAUUAAGCGUUACGGACAUUUUCGCAACAAAUGCAGGCAUAAUUAUUAACCUUCAAUAGAUUCUAGUUUGUCUUUGAUGUUUUUACAGUUAUUUACACUUCAGUAUGUUCAUUUCCUUAGGGCUAUGUUUUGCAUACGCGGGGAAAAAAAGUACUUGUACGUGUGUUUGCUAGUUCUUUGUUCUCUCUUUUUGACACUUGGAUCCUAAUGCAAUACUUUUUAGAAAACAGAUUGUUAGCAGUAUUAUAAGACAAGGACUGUUUUUUCGUUGUUGUUGUUGUUGUUACUCAGACCCCCCAGGAAUCGUCUGUUGAAGCGUUUCCUCGUCUUGCUGAAGAUGACGGAAAUAGGAUUUACACUUGAAACAUUGGACUGAAUUUCAUCUUUUCAUCUUGACUAUAGGAAAAUAAUGUCGUCAAAAAAAAAAACAAACAAAAAAAAGUGUUACUAUGCAUGUACCUGUAACGGAAUGUAAUUCCACAUGUUUGAUCUUCUGAUUUUGUGGCAUCUCAAUUAAAUUUCUAAUCUCAGGACUGGGAAUAUGCAUAAAGCUGUUUUUUAUUAUUAUUAUUUUUUUUAUUUUUUUUUAUGUCUGUUUGAUAUUAAGUUAUGUUUAUAUUAAGACACUAGCUCCCCCUGGUGGUUCUC